AAAGAAUGGUGCCUGAAAAGCAGCAAAUCCCAGCUCUACACUCAUGAUUAGGCAACACCUUGGGAGCCAAGGUCAGCAGCCUCCACGUGAGACCUUUCUGUGCCUUGCAACAGCUCUGUGCAGUGUCCUCCUUCAGCUACGCAGUCAGCCUGCUUCUGUGUUCGCUUUCUCUAUCUAAUUUGUUCCGCUAGUCUCUGCAGAUUCCAAGACAGUGUUCUUGCAGCUCCCGCAUACAGAGGAGUCUGGCUGCACUUCCAACAGUACCGAGUCUGAGAAACCAAGCCGCUACCUGGAAUUACUGUUAGAAGAAAGCUGCUGUUUUCAGCUGGGCCUGGUGAUGCCAGCCCGUGGUUCCAGAGACUCGCUUGUCUGAGGCAGGGGGAUCACAAGUUCAAGGUCUCCCUGAGCUACGGAGUGAGAUCAAGGCUUCACUGAGGGAACAUCUUAGAGAGUCAUUGUAUUUCUAAGCCUUCAAUAUUUACACCUGGGGGCUAUUGACUCUCUUACCAGAUACAUUUUGGAAUCAAAAUGGAAAGUGUCCAAGAAAUUUUGGACCAGUUAUACAAGAAAGUACUUCUUGGAGCCAUCCUUGAAGAUGAUGUCUAUGGUUACAUCCAUUAUCUCAACCCAGACCCCUCAGGACAAGCUGGCUAUACAGCUCCCUCUUUAGCUCAGUCUGAUGUCAAUGGUACACUUGACGGUGUGCCAGGCCAGCAUGGGCUAUCCUCCAAUGAGCCGACCACCCUUCCUGAAGCACGGGAGUGCGCAAAGCGACACUUUCAGAUGAGCACGGCCCGGGAGGUGAAGCUCCUUCAGUUAACAGUGAUCGACGUGAUACUGAGCCGAGUGCUGUCUGCUGAAACGGAGACCCACGCAAAGGAGAAGUACAGAGAGCUGAUUAAAGCCCUUUUGCAGUCAGCUGAGAUUGAUUCCAAAUUGAUCUGGACGCUCCAGAAUUCCGACAAGUUGUUGUCUCACAUGGCUGCGAAGUGCCUCUCAUCGCUCCUCUAUUUCCAACUGAGAGAGAAGAUGACGUUAAGCAAUCCCUGGAUCACUUUUUGCCAAAAGCAUCUCUCUGAAUCCUCUGGGAGCGGUGAAGCAGCACAUUGCCUCUGGAUUCUUACAGCUGUCAUAAAAGAAAUCUUUAGAGAUUCACAUUCACGGCAAGCAGAAAUUCUAAAGCAACUCUUGGCACCUUUUGACAUUACUUUUGAAGUGUUCUACAAUUCCUUAUUUUCUCAGCAUUUUGGAAACUUCCAGAAUCCCUCUAACAUAGUCAACAGCCUGGUGUGCUUCCUGGAGCUGCUUGAACUUCUCAUAGCCUCCAGAAUCCACCUGAAAUUGCACUUUCGGAGUCAAAGGAUGCUGUUUUUGAAACCCCAUGCUCUAGAUAGUCUUGCCUGGCCUGUUCCAGCUUUUGUUAAAAGGAAAUUGGUUAUAGUCAUCAAAAAGUGCCUUCUUGGUAAAAUGGGGGAAGACCUCUGCCGUGGUUCUGUGCCUGCCCUGAUGUCACCAGACCACCUUCUGGACAGUGACGUGUUGGCCUUAGCCGAUGCCCUUCUGCACGCCGUGCAUCUGGGGUUGUGGAAGGAACUGUCUGUGCCUGGAAAGCCGUCCUGCUUUGGAGGGGAUGAAGUUCAACCUGGAUGCCGACCCAGGUCUGGCCCUGAUCAUGUGACCCUGAGAGCAGCAAGCUUAAUUACAGUGAAAUCCUUAGAAAUCAAGUUCCAGAAUUGUACCUCAGCAACCGAAAUGAAAGUUGACUUGCAGAAGUUCAUGACCGAGUUACUGACCUUCUUAAAGCCUCACCUUCAGCCCUCUCUACAAUUACACAACCCAUGUGAAUGGCUGUCCAGGGUCUUUAUAGAGCAGGACGAUGAUAUGCUGGAGGCUGCCAAAGCAUCCCUGAGCAUCUACCUGCAGCUGACAAGAGGAGGGGACGAUGCUUCUGGAAGCCUGACCCAAGAAAGUGAAGCAUGGAUCCACUACACACAUAGAAACGGCUGUAAUCCUCACUGUAUUUUCUUAUUUUUAUUAAAGAACAUAGUGUUCGAUUCUACAGUUCUUCUUGACUUCUUGAUUUCCUCUGAAACCUGUUUCCUUGAAUAUUUUGUUAAAUAUUUAAAAUUACUGCAGAAAGACUGGGGUCACUUCUUGUACAUCUGCAAGUUUUUUGAUGCAGCUGAAUCACAACGUGGAGUAAAUACUCGAGGUCCUGUCUCCUCUCUUGUCCAAGACAGAAGCACCAGCCACAUAGUACCUGAUGCUCUGGCUUCUCCUGUUGGCCGCAGAAAUGCUUGCCCAUGGGUCCCCUGGGCUUCUGAUGCCUCCUCUGAAUCCCACAGCCAGGUUGUGAUGCCCAAGGAAACCCACACUGUGCCAGCUCAUGGCCCACCUUCCCAGACACCACUGAGGCUGGUAGAUUAUGGUAGCUCAGAAGAUUCUGAUGAAGAAGCCACAAAUCAGCAUUUAGCAAACAGCAAACAGACACCUUUAUGUCAAGAAAUGAGCAGGGAAAUUCAACGCCUGCCUAGGACAUGUAAGGAUCAAAACAAACUUAGCCGGGAGCCUCAGCUGGGGCCUCUGCUUCCCCAAGAGUCCGGCCCCCCCUUCAGUGCUGCAGGGGCCAUUGCUCCCAGUGGGACUGUCUGGGAAGUGGGAGUGUUGUUCAGAACAGUGAAAUGCCUUAAGGAACUCCAGGGCGCUAUCUACCGUUUGCAGGAGAAAAGUCUCUUUCCGUAUAACCCAGCCGCUCUUCUCAAGUUGUUGAAAGGGGUGGAGGCGAAGUGUGAUGAAGUGUGAGCAUCGGUGACACCUCAGCAUCUGUCCUCAGGGUUGGUGUUCUCUGAUAUAAAUUGCAUGUCUGAGAUAAAUAAAGACAAACCAAAGCUGCAAAAA